AAUAGAUAACCAUGGAUACAAGCUCUCAUUCUUCCCUUUCAGUUUGAAGAAAACACAGUUCAAAUUACUACAAUGUCAAUAUCGAAAUCUUCUCGUCUUCUUGUCUUUGCUCUUUUCAUCAUCGUAGGGUGCGUUGUGCAGGGAAUGGACCGCGACGAGAACGAGGAAAAGAAUCAUUUUAUUGUAUUCUUGCAAAAUAAACCUGUUUUAAAUGAGGUUGAUGCAGUAGAAACACAUCUAAGUGUUCUCAUGUCAGUGAAGAAAAGCCAUGCGGAAGCAAGUGAAUCGAUGGUUUAUAGUUACACGAAAAGCUUCAAUGCCUUUGCAGCUAAACUUAGUGAUCAUGAAGCCAAAUUAUUGUCAACGAGAGAAGAUGUGCAUCAUGUGAUCCCAAACACAUAUAGAAAGCUACAAACAACAAGAUCUUGGGACUUCAUUGGAUUGUCUUCUAAUGCAAGAAGAAGAACCAAACAUGAGAGUGACAUUAUCGUGGGCUUAUUCGAUACCGGGAUCACUCCGACGGCGGAUAGCUUUAGAGAUGAUGGGUUUGGUCCUCCACCCAAAAAAUGGAAAGGCACAUGUCACCACUUUGCCAAUUUCACUGCCUGCAAUAAAAAACUUAUCGGAGCAAGAUAUUUCAAGCUCGACGGCAAUCCCGAUCCCUCGGACAUCUUGUCACCGGUAGACACUGAUGGCCAUGGCACUCAUACAUCAUCAACCGCAACGGGCAAUGCAGUUGAAGGGGCCAGCCUCUCUGGUCUGGCCGAAGGAACUGCCCGCGGUGGCGUGCCGUCCGCGAGAGUUGCCAUGUAUAAGGUCUGCUGGGCUAGUAGCGGGUGCUCCGAUAUGGAUAUCCUGGCCGCCUUUGACGCUGCUAUACAGGAUGGUGUUGAUGUCAUUUCGAUAUCGAUUGGGGGAGGCGGCUUCAACAAUUAUUCCGAUGACUCGAUUUCCAUCGGCGCAUUUCAUGCCAUGAAGAAGGGUAUCAUCACUGUGACCUCCGCCGGGAACGGUGGUCCGAUGGCCGGCAGUGUAGUCAACCACGCGCCGUGGAUUGUGACGGUUGCUGCCAGUUCCAUUGAUCGGAAAUUUAUCAGCCCACUAGAGUUGGGCAAUGGGAAGAACAUCUCUGGAGUAGGGAUAAACAUCUUCAAUCCGAAGAAAAAAAUGUACCCAUUAGUGAGUGGAGGAGAUGUGGCAAGGAAUUCAGAGAGCAAAGAUACUGCAAGCUUUUGCUUAGAAGACUCACUUGAUCCAACCAAAGUGAAAGGCAGCCUUGUGUUUUGCAAAUUGUUGACUUGGGGAGCUGAUUCUGUUAUAAAAUCCGUUGGAGCAAAUGGUGUUAUCAUUCAAAGUGAUCAGUUUCUUGAUAAUGCUGACAUCUUCAUGGCCCCUGCCACCAUGGUUAGCAGCUCGGUUGGUACUAUCAUUUACACAUACAUCAAGUCCACCAGAACGCCAACUGCGGUGAUAUAUAAAACAAGACAACUCAAAGCAAAAGCUCCAAUGGUAGCUUCCUUCUCAUCUAGAGGCCCAAACCCAGGCUCCCAUCGUAUUCUAAAGCCGGACAUAGCAGCCCCAGGAGUGAACAUAUUGGCUGGUUAUACGCCAUUGAAGUCAUUGACAGGGCAAAAGGGUGACACUCAAUACUCCAAAUUCACAAUCAUGUCUGGUACUUCCAUGGCCUGCCCCCACGUCGCCGCCGCUGCCGCCUACGUCAAAUCUUUCCAUCCUCUUUGGUCUCCCGCCGCCAUCAGAUCCGCCUUGCUCACCACCACGAGACCGAUUAGCCGGCGACUGAACCCUGAGGGUGAAUUUGCCUAUGGUGCUGGCAACCUAAAUCCAUCAAGAGCCAUAAGUCCUGGCCUAAUCUACGAUCUCAAUGAAAUGUCGUAUAUCCAAUUCCUUUGCAGCGAAGGCUACACUGGAUCUUCAAUUGCUGUCCUCGCUGGAACCAAAUCCAUAAACUGUUCCACUCUAAUCCCCGGCCAUGGACACGACUCUCUCAAUUAUCCAACUUUUCAGCUCAGUCUCAAAAGCACCAAGCAACCGAUGACAACAACAUUCCGACGACAAGUCACCAACGUCGGCCAGCCUGUCUCUGUCUACAAUGCCACCAUCAAGGCUCCUCCUGGGGUGAAGAUCACGGUUACGCCCACCACUCUGUCAUUUUCACGGUUACUUCAGAAGAGGAGUUUUAAAGUUGUUGUGAAGGCCAGUCCUUUGCAAUCGGCAAAAAUGGUGUCGGGAUCACUUGCUUGGGUUGGUGAUCGACAUGUUGUGAGAAGUCCUAUUGUUGUUUAUAGUCCAUGAAGAUGAUGAAUUGUUGGCGAGGGAUUGACUAAAAUGUGCUUUUUGUAGUCGGAUUUACUGUUGUUAUCAAGUUAUAUGUGUUGGACUUAUAAUUUGAGUAUGAUGUGAUUGAUA